AUGCCAAAUACCGGCAAACCAAGUCCUAACUGCCACCUCUGUCGCCAGAGGAGGGUGAAGUGCGAUCUGGCCCGGCCGCAGUGCCAGAGAUGCGUCAAAUACGGGGUCCAGUGUCCCGGGUACCGCGACGACCAAGACCUGCGCUUCCAACACACCGAUGCAGUGUCUUUUGGACACCGGAGAGGGAAGAGGCAACAACAGAUCCACCCGCCGUCCUCUCCGGGGGCUUUAGAGGUGAUUGCAUUGACACCCGAGUCGACGGCGUCGCCCGUAUCGUCACAGGAGUCAGGUAGCCCGGGUUAUCAGUCUGCCGGGACGCCUCCCCUGCCUGUUCCGCGGUCGGUUCGUCAGCACUGGACGGCCGAGUCCAUACCGCUCGUGAUCGGCCUCUACUCGAGUUUGGAUUUCCUCCCGAAACUGUUCAAAGAUGUCAGACAGGACCACUGUCUCGUCCUUGCCAGCCAUGUCUUCACUAGAGCAUACGUCAUCAACCGCUUUAGGCCGAGAAUGGACCAACGAGAGCUGUCAGUGUGUCUUGGUAACGCCCUGGCCUCAGUGCAGGAGGCCGUCAAGAGCCCCAAGGUAUACGCGGCCGAUUCCACAAUCGUAGCAGUCUGGCUGCUCGGGAACUACGAGGCAAGUCUCUUGUAA